AUGACCCCUCCGUACGUCCCAGACACGCAGAAAGACCCUCCAGGUUGGUGGACGCCUGUUUCCGCUGAUCAAUCUAUGGUUACGGAAGGUGGUACCCACCUUACCUUGGCUGUGGUCAUGGAACGAGGCGCACCACCUCCGUAUUCUACCCAGGUACCUCGCCUGGCAGAAAGAAGGCGGUACUGGCGUUCUGCUCCUUCCUUCUCAUCGAAAGAGGCAGGCGUACCUUCCACACGUGCCAUGAGAAGCCUUGAUAUACCCCCUCAAACCCAUUCCUGUCACCAGCCAGCAGGCGCCCGUCUAGGUCGACGGGUCAGGUCAAACUGGCUGGGUGGUGGAGUGGUUUAUGGUCAACAAUUAAAAUCGCCAACCAGCCUACUCGACGACAGGCUUAGCGCAUACGAGUAUCACGAGUUCGAGUCCCGGUAUAAGCACCUAAAAAUCGAAAAUUUCCCAGCAUGA